AUGGCUCCCACAAAGAAGGGUGGAAAGAAGAAGAGCCAUUCUGCCAUUGAAGAGGUACUGACCAGAGAAUACACCAUCAACAUUCACAAGCACAUCCAUGGAAUGGGUUUCAAGAAUCAUGCUCCUCGGGCACUCAAAGAGACCCAGAAAUUUGCCAUGAAGGAGAUGGGAACUCCAGAUGUGCGCAAUAACACCAUGUUCAACAAAGCUGUCUGGGCCAAAAGAAUAAGGAACGUUCCAUACCGUAUCCAUGUGCAGUUGUCCAGAAAACAUAACGAGGAUGAAGAUUCACCAAACAAGCUCUAUAUGUUGGCUACUUAUGUACUUGUCACCACUUUCAAAAAUCUACAAUUAAUGUAG